AUGCAGGAUCAGUUGAAUAAAAUCAUGCUCCAACUUGCCACAUUUGCAUCUGUAGCUGAAGAUGUAAAAAUUAUAAAACGUGAUGUUGGGAGCCUAAAAGAAUCAGUGGAGAUGGCUCACGAGAGGUUAAAUAGUUUUUGUGUCAAAGUUAAUGCCAUAGAAGCACAAGUUGUAGAAGUACAGAAGGUAGCAGAGGAAGUCCCUGUUUUAAAAGAAGAAAUAAAUAAGCUGAAGCAGGAACUUCGGGAAAGGGACCAAUGGGCUAGGGCCAACAAUGUGGAAAUUCGAGGAAUCCCUCUAAAGAAAAAUGAAAAUCUUUAUGAAAUUAUAAAUAGAAUCACAUCUUUGUGCAACUUCUCGGUGAGGAAAGAAGAUAUUAACUACAUUGCACGUAUUCCCACACGGUCUGCAGCUUCUGAGAAACCAAUAGUGGUAUCUCUCAACAACCGCUACACCAAAGACGAGUUUGUAGCAUUAGCAAGGAAGAAUAAAGAACUUAACCUCUUGAAUUUGGGCUUCGGCACGGCGGGAAGCUUCUAUGUCAAUGAUCAUUUGACUCAGUUUAAUAAAGAACUGCUAAGAAGGGCAAAAUCUUUGGCGAAAGAAAAUAAUUUUCAAUAUGUUUGGGUCAAAUAUUGUAAAAUUAUGGUCCGAAGAACGGAUUCAUCACCGAUAAUUUUUAUAAAAAGCGAAAAAGACUUACAAAAAAUAACAUGAUUUAUUUUUGUCUUACGUUUUUCAU